UUGGCAGUGAGUUGUAAGGAAAGCAGUUUCUUCAGCGGUCUCUUACAAAGGCUGCUGCUUGGUCCGAAAUGGGGAAAUAAUGAGCAGACAGCUAUAGCUUUUCCUUCUCUCUACCUAACGGCAUCUGCAGCUCCAUGAAAUCCUGAUUUCAUCUGAUUUAAACGGCUAAGAGUCCAGCAUCUGCAGCCUGUUUUUUUUUCUUUCCUGGAGUACAGUAACUGCUUAGGGACAACGUGCACACUGACAAACAAGCACUUUUGUGCUUUUGGCUGCACAACAUUUGUGAUUGAGCCAGUAGACAAGCCCCAUGUGCUGGCUGGCCCUGAAAGGAAGGAGGAAAUAGUGAAAUGCUGUGGUUCCCAACAUACCCUCGUCCUUCAGCUGUUCAUCGGGGGAGACAUUCCUUCCCACUGCACUCACUGAUGUGAAGGCCUGGGGGGCCCAGGCUAAGAAGAAGGUCUCCCACGUUGCCUCUGAAAGAAGAGAGUUUUACAGGUACACAUGGGGCACGGAGAGAUGUCUACGAGGAGCACGGCCAUGGAGGGCGACUGCUUCAGCUGCAUCAAGUAUCUCAUGUUCGUCUUCAACUUCUUCCUCUUUCUGGGUGGCUGUUUCCUGCUGGGAGUGGGAAGCUGGGUGCUGGUGGACCCCAGGGGUAUGCGGGAGAUCAUGGCUGCCAACACACUGCUCUUCUCAGGCAUCUAUGCGCUGUUGGCCAUGGGCGGCCUGCUCUUCCUGCUGGGCUUUCUGGGCUGCUGCGGUGCCCUCCGUGAGAAUAAGUGCCUGCUGCUCUCUUUCUUCGUGCUCAUCCUCUUCAUAUUCCUGGCAGAGCUGGCUGCCGCCAUAUUGGCCUUCGUUUUCCGGGAACAUCUGACACGAGAACACUUUACGAAGCAGCUGAAGAGGCACUACCAGGGCUACAACACCUCAGACGUCCUCACAUCCUCCUGGAACGCCAUCAUGACCACAUUUGACUGCUGUGGGGUAAACAGCCCUGAUGAUUUUGAGGACAGUCUCUUCAGGCACAUCAACCCCGGUGACAUGGUGCCUGAGGCUUGUUGCCAGAGAAAUAGUAAACCUGGCGAUGUGGCCUACAUCAGUAAGGAGGAGUGUCUCAUGGGCAGCAUGCUCUUUCGCAAUAACAAGGGCUGUUAUUCAGCAGGAGUAGACUACUUUGAGAUGUACAUCUACCUGGCUGGUGCAUUGGCCAUUGUGGUGUUGACUAUUGAACUCUUUGCCAUGGUGUUUGCGAUGUGUCUGUUCAGAGGAAUCCCAUAGAUCUGGCAGCCUGUACUGGAGGAUGUUGCUAAAGGGAAAUGGCUUGUAAAAUUAAGAGAUGUCUUAUUCUUCCUCUUUUUAAAUUGCCAAAAUUGGUGAUGCUGUACUGACUCGUACUUCAUGGCGGGACAUCUGGGGUACUGAGUUUACUGUAAGAACAAUAAAUAUGGAAAUUCUGGAAAUGUAAAGUGAGAGAGAAACUGUAGCUGGGUGCUGCUGCAUUUCUGAGCUGGAGGGGGCAGAGCCGCUGCACUGACAUCCAGAAGGAGAGAAUUUAUGCUGAGGGGCGCUGUCUGUGUAGCAUUAUGCUCUCUUUAAGUGUCCCUGUAAGCCCCUGUACCCUGUUUGGGCCCCUGCACUCACUCACAUUAGACCUUUUGCUAGUUUCAUACUGUUCUAAGCUUUUCCUCUGUGUACAUACCAAUGUGUCUGUAUGUGUGUGUGUGUAUGUGUGUGUGUGUGUGUGUGUACGUGAGCGUGUGUAUGUGUGUGUCUAGGUGUGUGUGUGUGUGUGUGGGUGUGUUUCAGACAGAGAGUGUUCCAAAAUUUUUAGAUGUAUUUUUAAAAGAUAUUGUGACAUGUUCGUCAUAGAUAUUACAUGUGAUUGUUAUUGACCUUUACCAGUUUUCAGUUGUAUUAGAAUUGUUUUUAAAAUUAAAAUAUUUUACAAAGAUGCUUUUUCCUAUGAUGGUGUCACAAUGGCUGUUUAAAGGCUACCUGCACACUUUUUUAAUUUCUGAAUUGUGUCUGUAUCCUGUAUCCUGUGUCCUUUAUUAAAGACUAAAAAUUGCA